GAGCAAUACUCGAGUAAGCGCUUCUAAUCUCCUACUCCGAUGCAUGCGCCGAAUUUUCACCAGCAUCUCCGUCAAAGUUUGUCACUGACCCCGGACUACUGCUACCUUUACCUUCCAAGUAACAAUCUGGUCGCCAUCACCAUCACUGCCCAAGAUGGCCCCCAAGAAAUCGUUCAUGAAAGACCUCAAAAAGAAGUCUAAAAAUACGCCACAGGUACGGGAGUCGAAGCACAUAUUGGCCUCCAUCACCUUUGCCCUGGAUUAAUCAUCUAUAGCAAUCAACCACCGCAGAUGAGUAUUUAGCAGGUAUAUCCUCUUAUCGCCAUUGGGAGAAGCGUGCUAAGUCAACAAAAUAGCCGGGGUAGAUUUCGAGGAGGCAGGUGGAAAAUGGAGAAGUGGCGAUGCCGCAAAAGUUUGCGCUCCCCCCUCUACACAGAGUUUCUUUCUGAUGUCUCAUAGUCUGCGAGAUUUUUUGUACGAGCAAUUGAAUGCUAUGAUGAGGCCCUGAAGAAGUUUCCCACGUCCUUCGAUCUAGCCUAUAACAAGUGAGUGCAUGUUGACAGAAGGAAGACAGCCAGUGGCUCACAUGCUCGCAUUAGGGCAAGAGUUCAGUAUGAGCUUACACAACAUCCCAAGUUACUCAAGCAGCUGCAGUUGCCAGGCAUGCAACUUUUGCAGACUGCUCUCGACUCAAGUCGAUACGCGCUGAACCUCAAUUCUAAUGGUGCAGAUGUUUUAUUGUGAGUUUAUUUUCGCUGUACGAGUAUAACCUUUUGCUUAUCAUUCAUUGCUCGGGGUAUCCCGGCUCUGCUUCCACACUUUAUUAUUUGUCAAAGAUUAUUCGUUUUCGUUCUUCAGGCUUUGCUACUCUGUUGGUCAUACACGCAACAUCAGGAAGCAGACACUAGGCCCAGGUCUUAUCAACAGCAUGUCAGCGUCAAGACUCCUACUUCCUUAUCAUUAUCCACAGUGCAGUGCUGCAUGAUAAAUUUUUCAUAGCGCACGGUUUUAUUUGAGGGCUUAUUUCUCGCCCAACGUUCAUAUGUCACUCGGAUUCUUGGUCUUUUCAUGAAGUCAUCAAAUAUUUCGAUUUGCUAUCAGAUCCUGCGCGACUAGCUAACGAUCCCAGCAAUACUGCUCAGGUUUUAACCAGUCUUGCUGAUGGUGUAAGCUGGAAAAACUCAAAUGAUGCCGAAGGUGAUAGAGCAUCAUGUAGUCUCCUCGAAGAAGCAUUGGGUCUUUUCCAACGAUGUCUCCUUCAGCAGGAGCGGGAAUAUGAACAGUUUCAAGCCCAACUCGCUUCGGCUUCUGGCCAAAUGGAAGCCAGCAUAUCCGAAAAUGUGCAAAUCCAGGAGUCCAACUCAAACAAUUCUACCCCACAGUCUACUGAUACGAACGAAGAGGAGCAAUGGGUUAGUGUGAUGGAACCAAUUACAAAAGACAGCCUCGUCGAUACACUCCUUGCUUUGGUUGAGACCUUAAGCGUGCUCUGCAGCCGCUCUAGUCGCCUUGAACGGGACGCUGGAAAGUACCUACAUACGGUCGAACAGUUCGCUACUCCUGAUUUGCUACAAAAGCUUUCUAUGUAUGCUUCCGGUACGGAAAGAGAACUCGAUGCUGCUGUUGGACAAGCUGGCUUGGUCAGUUCUUGCUCAGAAACGAAGUAUCGUGUGCGAGUUAUUGAAUUUAGGGUAAGAUGAAAUGAAUGCCCCCCGUUUUUUUUUUCAAAACACUCAUUGCCUGUAUCUAGGCUUAUUCAGCUGCCGUUGAGGAAGCAUGGGCUCGCUUAGAUCUCGAGAAACAUGUCGAAGGCCUCUGUAACCGUGCGGAAUCCUAUACUACUGCCAGCAAUACCAUAUUCGAGGGUGAGGCUGCCAACAGCGCUGACCCUAGUAUCAUAUCAGAGAUUGCAAAGCUACAAUGGAUGCUUUUCUCACUCGCAGCUCAAGAUGUUACUGCUGCCUCUAAAUUCCGGGACGAUGAAAACAUUGGCAAAAUCUUCCUGAUGAGAGGUGAUCUUGAACUUUCGAGGGCAUCUUUGGGCAGACCACCGCUUAAUCUUGAGCUGGCGCAGAAGAAUAGGAGUGUGUUAUUGGGAAAUGCGGAGAAAUAUUACAGAGGUGCUAAGGUCUUGACGUCAGGUGGCGAAAUGCAGGAGGAGAAUGAGGAGGCGACUAUCAAAGAAGCUUUGGCUAAAGGGUUGUUGGGGAAUUGGAAAGAACUGGAGAUAGUGAGGGAGACGAAUGUGAAGACAGAUGAGAUUUUGUGGCAAGCUGUGGGCGAAAGAUUGGUUGACGAGGAGACUCUUGGGGCGAUUGAACACUUGAAGGAUGGGUGAGGCGUGCAAAUAAUGAUGGUGAAGAAUAGUGCAUACAAAAUCGCAUCUCACGACGGGUGUGGGGAUUCACCAAGUGCUCUCUGCUGGUAAUGAAAUACCCGUACCAAAUCUUCCGCAGCGACCUGGUGGAAUAUGGUAUCAUAAAAG